CUAAUAUAUCUUGUUUUUUUUCCUUCUUCAUGUUUUUCUCCUGUUCCUAUUCUGCAGUCAUGAAAGAGACCAGCACACAAGAAAUGUUGUGUGGGGUUCCUGCCCUGGGACGGAUCGUGGGCGGUCUCGAUGCUCAAAAUGGACAGUGGCCGUGGCAGGUCAACCUGAACUUCAAUGGUCGUCAUGUCUGUGGGGCAGCCCUCGUUGCCUCCCAGUGGUUGCUUACAGCUGCACAUUGCUUCCCCAAGGUGAACCCGAUUGAUAUGUAUGAAGCAACACUGGGGGCCUUCCAGCUGAAAAACCCCUCAGCAGACAUCCAAGUGAAGCUAGUGCAGGAAGUGAUUAAGCACCCCGACUUCAAUGAAGAUGAAGGCUCUCAAGGGGACAUUGCCCUGGUGAAACUCAAAGGAGCGAUUUCUUAUACUCGGACUGUACGGCCAAUUUGCCUGCCUGCCUCUUCAGUCACCUUCCCAAGCGGCAUGAAAUGCACUGUCACCGGCUGGGGGAAUAUCCUUGCAUCGACGACCCUCCCCUUGCCCAUGACGCUGCAACAGCUCGAAGUGCCCAUCAUUGGUCUGGAGACCUGCAAGUGCCUGUACAGAAAGAACCCGGAUCCCGAGGAACCCCACAUCCUCCACAGUGACAUGCUGUGUGCCGGCUUUGCAGAAGGCAAGAAAGAUGCCUGCCAGGGUGAUUCCGGAGGCCCCCUUUCCUGUCGCAUCGGCAACGCCUGGUUCCUGGCUGGCAUCGUGAGCUGGGGAGACAGCUGUGGGGCUGCCAGUAGGCCCGGUGUUUACAUCCGCACUUCUGUCUACGCCAACUGGAUUAAGGAAAAAGUCCCAGAAGUGCAGCUUCAUGAAGGGACAGUCCAUAUAGAGCCCGUCUCUGAAGAGGGCUUGUGCUCCAAUACUACAAGGCAGGAUGGACCUUACGAUGACAUCCAAGCCCCACCAGACUGGAGCCAGCCUCUGGACCCAAACAACAGCUCUCCCAACAACUCCUCUUCCCCAGCCUGUGUGGCUAGCCUGCCACUUCUUUUCCUUCUCCUUCAGAGCUGCCUGUGGUAACUUUCCACUCCCACCCCACGUUGCGUAGGGAGAGCGGUGUCUUCCUGUUUUUAUACUCAUGGGGAUGGUCCCACUAUUUCAUAGCCUGCUGCGCUUCAAGUUUUCUCUUUGCACUCUGGAUGCAUAUAAUGCAGUGUGAAUUAGAAAUGGUACUGUUCCUCCGAAGCACAAGUUGCUUCUAAGACCUAAGCCUUAAGUCUUAAUCUAGUAUAUAGCUUGUAAGUCCACCUGCAGCCUUGGUCUAGCAUAUAGUUUUUUUUAGAAAAGUUCACACUUCGCUCCUAUUCCUGGCCUUUAAUCUGAAGAUCUAAUUCAUAAUUCCCAGGGAUGUCUCCUUUUUGCCCCUUCCCCCUCGCCAGUGACUUGACCUUUUUUUUUUUUUUUAAAUCAUAGUUGGAUACAAGGCUGUAAGCCACCUUUGUUAUUGUGGACACAAUUUCAUAGUGGGAGUCUAAUCUUUUUAUGCAAAUUCCUGAACUGCCUUUGAGUAUGACUAAUCUCUGCGUUCAGUAUUUGGCUCUCUUCUACAGCUGCAUUCCUCACAUACAUUUUGAAAUGUGAUCGGUUUCGUGACAGGUUUCUCCUUUCCAGCUUAUAACGUGGAUUCUCUGUGGCCUUCCCCUUCCAUGCUUCCCAACAGUGUUUGUCAAGACAAGGUCCUCCACAAUAGCUGGACAUUAUUCAAGGGUCAGAGCUAGGCCCUUUGAAGAGAAUCAGUCAGCUGAAUCCUUUAUCUCUUUCUCUUAGGAUCUAGUUCAGAUCAUGGGCUGAUGUCUUGCCCAAUUUGGUAAUUCAGAGAGCAGCAUAAUAUGCCCUGAAGUAAUUUCUCCCUCCUAAAGAUCACUAUCUUGUCAAGUAGGUAACGCCUUUAGUAACUUGGGUGAUGUGGGGUUGGUUAGCAAUCCUGCUGGCCUGGGCUGUUACAAUCUCCACUUACGAGGAAGAGAUCGAGAACAUUGUUGGAAAAGUAUGAUGCAGUUGUAGAAGAAUCACUGGGCUCUGAAAAGGGAUAUUCUAUGCAAUUACUUCUGCUCAUUUUUGGUUUGCUUGGCCCUAGUCUCUCUUCUGGGCUGCCUGUGACUGACUUCAUAUUUACUCAUCACUUCUGGCUCACCGACUGAAUAAAAGGAGACUCAGCAGAGGUGCUGGGACUUUGAAACCAA